CCAUAAAACGGGCGCCCGCCUCGCUGGAGACAGAGAGCGCACAGGCGCGCGCGGCUCCUCGACUCGCUCCGUUUUCCGCGGCUGCACGCACGUACAUUCCCGAAGACGCCCGCCAUGGCUGAAGCCUUCGUUGGCGUCUGGAACCUCGUCGAGAGCCACAAUUUCGACGGCUACAUGAAAGCGCUCGAGGUGGGCUUUGCCACAAGACAGAUCGCAAACCUGACCAAACCUACCACCAUUAUUGAAUAUGAUGGUGGACAGAUGACCAUCAAGACACAGAGCACAUUCAAGAACACAGAGAUCACUUUCAAACUGGAAGAAGAAUUUGAUGAGACCACAGCAGAUGACAGACACGUCAAGUCUGUUGUGACAUUAGAAGGAGGGAAACUCGUUCAUGUGCAGAAAUGGGAUGGAAAAGAGACCACCCUUGUCCGAGAACUGAAGGAUGGAAAACUAAUUUUGACUCUAACAAUGGGCAACGUGGUCUGCACUCGCACCUACCAGAAGGCAGAAUAGAGCCACGUCUGCUUUCUCCAACUGGUUAUUCAAUGCCAAAAGUGUGGCCAAUCUGCCUGCAUGGUUCCCCCCGCCAGUGUUUUUGUACAGUUACUGCAACUUCUGAACCCAUUCAGUAUCCAACUUGAACUCUCUUCAGAAUUGCCUGUUAACUCGAUGUUUGGAUUUUUGUUGUUGUUGCUUUUUUUAAUACUGAAGGGUGGGGGGUGGAAAAUAAACUGAAGCAGUUGUUACAUAACA